AUGCCUGCCACGGCCUCGCGGAUCCGGUCCCCCGGCACUGAGUGGGUGGAAACGGAGAGGCCUGGUGCUGGGGGUCCCCGUAGCACCCCCCACUCGUGGGCAUCAUGGGGGCCGGACCCCGGUGGGCCUGCAAGGCCCUCAGAAGCGGACCUGGGACGGGCUGUUGUCCUUCACCCGAAGGGGGCUGGGACGGGGAACGGCGUGUGGCCACACACAGAAGGCUUAGCGCGCCCAGGAGCACCGUCGCUGGGGCUGAAAUCGCCACGGAGAAGCCAGCAGGCUCUCCAGGACAAGGGUGGCCACGGCUCCUGUGCGGACGCAGAGGACGCGGGUUCCCCCUCGUGCGGCUCCCAGGCCUUGGCCUGCGCCCAGCCCCACUGCAGCCCCCGCAGGCCGGCGGCCGGCCAGCCCCAGGCGGCGUACGCCCAGCGGCUGGCGAACAUGGAGUGGGAGCUGGAGAGCUUCCUGCACGAGGUGCGACAGCAGCGAUGCGUCCUGGGGGAGGCGGCCGCCGAGGGGAGCGGCCCCCACAGCCCCACGUGGGACCCCGACAAGCUGCGCAUCACCAUCUACGAGAUCGCGGACCGCGAGGCGGCUGCGGGGGGAGAGCGCACCGGGCAGCGGCGCAGGCUUAAAUGAAAGCGGCGAAAGGACGGCGCUGAGACGAGCUGGAAGACCCCGUGGGUUUUGC